AUGACCCACAUCGUGGGAGGACACCUGACACAAGGUGGUGUCGACGGAGGCGCGGGCGAUGCACAAUGUGGGGUUGGCAGGGUUGACCUUCUGGAGCCCCAACAUCAACAACUUCCGGGACCCGCGGUGGGGCCGGGGCCAGGAGACGCCCGGCGAGGACCCGCUGCUGGCCAGCAAGUACGACGUCGGAUACAUCACGGGCUCCAGGACGCCGGCGCCGGCGGCGUCACCGACGGCGCGCUCAAGGUCGCCGCAUGCUGCAAGCACUACAUUGCCUACGACGUCGACAACUGGAAGGGCAUCGAGCGAUACACCUUCAACGCAAAGUUUGUUUCCAGCGACAGCAGAGAGAUGUACUCCAGCAGAGGAUCAAAUGAUCAGAGAGAGGAGAUGAACCUGCCCAGCAGCAGCCGAGCCCAGCAGCAGCCCCUAGACGUGGGAGAGGAGGAGCGCCUGCGCCUGGAUGUAGUGGCCGGAGGUGGGUACGGAGGUGGAGGUGGAGGAACAACAUGUGCUCGCCUCCACCUGGGCGCGGGCCAGGAGGAGCCCCUGUGCGUGGGCGGCAGCAGAGUACCAGCUCUACUCCAGCGGCGGUAGCGCCUGGGCA